AUGGGUUGUCAUAGAAUUGUGCUUGUGGCCAUAGUCUCAUUCAUGUUUUCGCUUCCAAAUACCACAGGGUGGGGAGAUGACGGACAUGCCAUUGUUUGUAAGAUUGCUCAGGGUCGGCUGAGCAACGAAGCUGCUAAGGCUGUGAAAAAGUUGUUGCCAAAAUCUGCAAAGAAUGACUUGGCAAGUCAGUGUUCAUGGGCAGAUCGUUUGAGGUUUAUUUUUCCGUGGUCGUCUCCUUUGCACUUUGCUGAUACUCCUGACAACGUUUGCAGCUACAACAACAAAAGAGAUUGUUUAGAUCACAAAACCGGAACCAAAGGUCGAUGUGUUGUCGCGGCUAUUAGCAAUUACACUGAUCAGCUCCUCGACUUUGCCACUCAAACUGAAUCUCAAUAUAACCUCACCCAAGCUCUUCUAUUCCUUUCACAUUUUAUGGGAGACAUCCAUCAGCCUCUGCAUUGUGGUUUUGUCUCAGACAAAGGAGGCAAUACAAUUAACGUUCAUUGGUACAAAAGAAAACAAAAUCUUCACCAUGUUUGGGAUGUUAGCAUAAUUGAGACACAAGUUGAAAGAUUCUUUGACUCAGAAUUGAGUCAGUUCGUUAAUGCGAUUCAACAAAAUAUUACGACAGAAUGGGCCGAUCAAAUAGAAGAUUGGGAGAAUUGCGGAUCUAAGGACAUCCCAUGUCCUAUUACAUACGCUUCUGAAAGUAGUAAAAACGCAUGUAAAUGGGCAUAUGAAGAUGCAGCAGAAGGUUCAACACUUGAUGAUGAUUACUUCCUGUCACGUUUACCAAUUGUCAACUUGCGAUUAGCUCAAGGAAGUGUUCGAUUGGCUGCAACACUAAAUCGUAUUUUCGACACACAAUCUGCCGUUUCAAUGUGA